AUAACAAUAGAGAUUACAUGAUGCAAUGACAUCGUAGGAGUUCAUUCUAGGGCAGCGAGUAGAAUUUGCAAUAUUUUGUGAAAAUAUCGGAAACAAAACAUUGUGCGUACAAUCAAAACAUAUAUCUUGUGAAGCAGAAUAAAAUCAAACCUUAUUAGUGUAUUGUGUUUUCAAAAUAAAGCGAAGGCGAAUAGAAAAGACUGUUGGAACUCUGCUCAGGAGCUAAAUCUGGUGUGCAUUUAAAUUUCUCCACUGACGUGACGUAUUUUGAAGGAUUAUUUCAAUUCCUUACAAAUCCGGAAAAUUAAAACCUUCGACUCCAAGGAAGAUAUUUUGGAAGUGAAUUCAAAGUUUUAUGUGUGCACAAUUUGUUCAAAUUGGUUCUUCGAGAAUAAUCAAAAGAUAAUCGCGCGUAAUGUCAUCAACCGUUGAAAGCACUCCAACCCCUACGGCGCCCAGUUUGGAUGACCUCAGUUCGGCUUCAGCUUCCGGCGGUGAGUCCACCUCUACCAACGCCUUUACCGAUGCAAAAGCAUCCUGCAGCAAAGAAUCGGAUCCUAGCAGCAGCAGCAGCAACAGCAGCAAAUCAAAAGCCAAUCUCGACGACGACGGCGAAGAGAAGAAAGAUGAUUCGAUGUUCGAGUGUAAUAUCUGCCUGGACACCGCGAAGGACGCCGUGGUUAGCAUGUGUGGACAUCUAUUCUGCUGGCCCUGCAUACACCAGUGGAUGAACGGCUAUCGGAACACUUGCCCGGUUUGCAAAUCAUCAAUCAGUAAGGAGAAGGUCAUUCCACUGUACGGUCGCGGUGGAAGCAAGGAAGAUCCCAGGAAAACCGUUCCACCACGGCCUGCCGGACAGCGUACGGAACCGGAACAACCUCAGGGUUUCCAGGGAUUCACCGGCGACGGGGGUUUCCAUAUGUCCUUCGGCAUCGGCGCAUUUCCGUUCGGAUUCUUCACGUCGACUUUGAACUUUACCGAUUUUCGCCCGAAUGCACCCCACGAAAACACUCGCGAAUUCGACGAGGAUCAGUUUCUUUCCCAAAUAUUCCUGUACGUAGCAUUGAUCUUUAUGGCAUGGUUGAUUCUGGCCUAAAUGGGUGCGCGCAAGAACAAACUAUCUUGUGAGUUAUCAUCUUGGGGUCGAUGGAUAAUAAAAUGAGCUAUGUGGGAGCUUUGUGAUAAUAAAUGUUAAUAGAAUAAAAACAUUCGUAACUGCUUUUUGUUUCGAAAAAAAAGGACAAACAAGGCAACUAAAGCAUCCUACAGCGGAUUCACGCAUUGAACAAAUGAACAUAACAAUGUAUUGAUGUAUUGCAUAUUCGCAGAUUGCUAUUUUAAGUCGAAAAUGAAAAUCGAUAACAACGGAUCGUGGUUAUCCUUCAGUUUGUUGUAUAUAAUAUUCUGAUACCCAAUAUUUUAUUCACUACAUAUAAGGCUUUUUCUCUGUUUUACUUUUAUUUAAAUUUUGAAAGGGAUACAUUUCGUAUAGAUGAUGAGACCAGGAUAAAAGUUUAUGUCAUUUUGGUUGGAUACAGUCGAAAUAACGGAAAAUAGAAAGAAAUAUUCGAAGAAAAUUUAUGUAAUUUAUUCGUAAUGUGUAAAAAGUUUGUCUGAGAACAGAAAUGGAUGUAUUAAAUACAAUAAACUUUCUGAA